CCACAGUCAAAAACGCAGGGCAUCUUUGAAGAAGAAAGAAAGAAGAAAACGAAAACGCCAAGCCCUCGCCAAAGCCCAAAUCAGAGAAUCUGGUGAAAAUGGAGAUGAUUCUCCACCAGAACAAGAUGACGAUGAAGAGGAAAGGAAGGCUGAGGAAGAAAGACGGCGCCUAGACCAGGAGUGGCUGGAGAGGGAGAGGCUGGCCCAGCAGGAAUUCAGACUCCGGUGGGAGAGGGAAGACGCUGCAAGGAAGAGACAGGAGGAAGAGGAGGCGAGGAUAAAGCAGGAAUGGGAGGCCCAGCAGAGGAGAGAGGAAGAGGAGAAGGAGCAGAAGCAACAGGAGAAGAGAGACAGAGAGGUGAAACGUGCACCAGGAGGAUAAACGCACAAUGGAAGAGCUACAUAUCCUCUUCCUUUUGUAUUUUGGUCACACAAUGGUUUUAACUUAAGAAAUAUUACACAGUAAUGUGUCUUUUGUGUGAGAAAGAAGUGUUUUUGCCUCAGACAUCCACGUUUAUCCACGUGUUUUUCCUUAACUGUGAUACACGCAAAGACCUUAACUAAGAUACACACAAAGAGGGACACUCCUACAGGUCUGUGCUGCCAUGGGACAAGGAUACAUCCAGAUAUGCCACUGCAGGUUUUCACCAGCCCAUCCUAUGUUUGCACCAUUUAUAGGAAGCUGUACAGAAAAUGUUGGACCAGGCUGAGAGUCAGCUGGAGAAUGGGGGUCCCUGGAGAAACCCUGAGGCUCCAGAUUUUGGUACGGAGCAAGACCGGGCUAACUGCCCCUUCUUCCUCAAAACUGGAGCCUGCCGCUUUGGUGACAGGUGCUCUCGUAAGCAUGUCCACCCCCCGUCCAGCCCUACUCUGAUGAUCCGGGGGAUGUUUGCGACUUUCGGGAUGGACCAGAGGUCACGGGACGACUACGAUACAGACGCCUGUCUGGAGCACAGCGAGGAGGAGGUACAACAGCAGUUUGUGGAUUUCUACGAGGAUGUACUUCCUGAGUUCAGGACUGCUGGCAAGGUGGUGCAGUUUAAGGUCAGCUGCAACUUUGAGCCACAUUUGAGAGGAAAUGUUUAUGUCCAGUUUGACACAGAGGAGCAGUGCAGAGAGGCCUUCGUGAUGUUCAAUGGAAGAUGGUACGCUGGUAAACAGCUCCAGUGUGAGUUCUCUCCUGUCACCAGAUGGAAGACUGCUAUAUGUGGUUUGUUCGACCGACAGAAGUGUCCGAAAGGAAAGCACUGCAACUUCCUGCACGUGUACCGUAACCCUGGAAACGAGUUCUGGGAGGCGGACAGGGACCUGCACAUGUCCCCCGACCGGGGAGGAGGGGGUACCGGGUCUUUCGCUGGGGGCCGGUUCUCUGAGAGGAGUAACCGCUCCUCGUGGACCGAGAGGUCACAGAGCCGACGGGGGGAGAGGAGCAGGAGGAGUAGGAGCAGGGAGAGCAGAAUAGCCCAAAGGAGAGAGAGUCUUCAGAGUGACAGGUCUUGGACCAGUCGUACCAGCACAAGACUCAGGUCGAGGAGUAGGGACAGAGAAAGUAGAGACAGGAGCAGAGAUAGGAGGGACAGAGGCAGGAGCAGGGACAGAGACCGGCGGGAUGGGAGCAGAGACCGAGAUGGGAGCAAGAGAGAGGGGUGGAGGGGUUCACCCACAGAGGCUAGUAGGGGGAGAUCCAGAUCAGCCAGCCCUGGAGAGUCCUCUAAGAGGAAGAGACAGGGGAGCAGGAGCCCUGGAGAGUCCUCUAAGAGGAAGAGACAGGGGAGCAGGAGCCCUGGAGAGUCCUCUAAGAGGAAGAGACAGGGGAGCAGGAGCCCUGGAGAGUCCUCUAAGAGGAAGAGACAGGGGAGCAGGAGCCCUGGAGAGGCCUCUAAGAGGAAGAGACAGGGGAGCAGGAGCCCUGGAGAGUCCUCUAAGAGGAAGAGACGGGGGAGCAGGAGCCCUGGGAAAACAUCCCAAAAAGACAAGCAGCCAGCCAACGACAGCAGCGACACAGCUCCAUCACGCCACAAACACUCCAAAAAAAGCAAAAAGAAGAAGAGCAAGAGGAGGAAACCCAAGAGGGACAAAAAGAGCCAGACGGCUGGGGGUCAGAGUUCAUCUGCAGAGUCGGGGAAGGAGUCUUGGGACGAGGAGAAACCCUCUCCAAACCUUGUAGACAGCAGUACACGGACUCCUCAUGAGGUAGACAACACUACCCAGGGGACUGUGGAUGUAGACAACACUACCCAGGGGACUGUGGAGGUAGACAACACUUCCCAGGAGACUGUGGAUGUAGACAACACUUCCCAGGAGACUGCUAGGGUAAAUGCCAUACUUAGUCUCAUGUUGUCUGAGUCUCUUGAUAAUGCCAAUGCAGUCACUUCAGACAUACAGACCCAGGUCAAGGAGGAGCCUGAGGAUCCCUGUCCACCUAUUGUCCCCUCUCCUAGCCCUGGGGAUGUGGACAUCGCUCAGACUCCUGGGGCCACUGACAACAGUACUCCUGAGGCAAACGCACUCUCCCCAGACCUCCAUAGUAUCUUCCUCAAGCAGGAGUAUCCCUCUCUACCCAGUGUGCCUGAAGAGGAAUGUGAACAGGAUGGACCUGAGACGCUGCCUGAUUCCCCUGACGAUGAUGAACCAUAGCGGAAUUAAAUGUGUUCUGUAUGGACUUCACCAUGACUGCUAUGGCCAUUUUGAAGCGUAAACUGUUUAUGCAUGGACUGUUUUCAAUCUUCACCAAUGCACUGCUCGACCUAGCUUUCACAAAUGUUAGUUUGUUCCAAAUGUAAGAUGUGACAAUUAAAUGUUUUUAUACAUUA